AUGAUCCGCUUCUUCUACCUCGCGUGUCUUUUCGCAUUUGCGGAUUCCGUGUUUUUGGACCGUUUCGCAGCACCAAUAAACACGAACGAUAGACCAAUAAUCGGUGUUCUCGCGCAGGACGUGUUCGACGCGACGCCUCAGAGAAACGCGUACAUCGCGGCGUCGUACGUCAAGUUCCUGGAGUCCGCGGGCGCGCGCGUCAUUCCGCUGAUGAUCAAUAGGACUGAAGAUGAGUACAGACGGCUGUUUAAAUCCAUCAAUGGAGUUCUGUUCCCAGGAGGCGGAGUCAGUUUAGAGUCAUCCGGAUAUUCCAAAACUGCCUCCAUUUUCUACAGACUCGCUCUCGAGGCCAAUUCAAACGGGGAUUAUUUCCCAGUAUGGGGAACCUGUCUAGGGUUCGAGAUGCUCACACUGCUCACCAGUGGCCAGUUGCUCCUGUCCCACACAAACACCAGUGGAGUCGCUCUGCCACUGAACUUCACUGACGAUGCUCAAGACAGCCGACUGUUCAGAGAGUUUCCCGAGGAGCUUCUGAAAUCUCUGGCGACCGAGCGGCUCACGGAGAACUCGCAUCAGUGGAGUCUCACGACUGCGAACUUUACGAAGAGUGAGAAACUGAAGAGCUUCUACAGGGUUUUGAGCACAAACUCCGACGGACAGAACGAGUUUGUGUCCACAGUGGAAGCGUAUGAUUUCCCCAUCUACGCGACUCAAUGGCAUCCAGAGAAGAACGCGUUCGAGUGGAAUCGCCCGUAUAUUCCCCACUCGCCCCGAGCCGUCGAGACCGGCUUCCACACCGCACACUUCUUCAUCAGCGAAGCGAGGAAGAGUGCGCACCGGUUCCCCAGCGAGGAGGAAGAGGAGAACGCCCUGAUCUACAACUAUAAGCCGGAGUACACCGGCGCUCGCACGGCCUUCCAGCAGAUCUACUUCUUUCAUUAGGAAACCUCUAACUUCAUUAUU